GCAAGUAUUGAUUUAUUAAUGGACAAAUGUGUACAAAUUGUAUGAACUUUUCUACUACCUUCUUUGAGGAAAAUUUUCUACGAAUCUGGCAGCACUUUCGAUCAGCUGUUGUUUUGUUUAUUUGGCCAGCCUUCAAUUUUCGAUAUCCAUUUUUUUUCAAAAAAAUAAAAUUUUGACUGAAGAAAAGGAACUAUCCUUAAUAUACGAAUUGGCACAAAUUGGGCAAUUUAAGGACUUACGAAAAGCAAAAACCAACCAUAGGUAUUCCAAAGCACAAAAUAACGUGGUAACAAAAAGUUAAGGGAAGUGGAGCCGUCGGCCAGACUGUCAAUCGUCAAAAGAGUGUGUCAUGAACACAGGGCAACGACCAACAACCGUGGACUCCAAAUUGUGCCAUGAAGGGCGUUUGAGUUUAUAUUGCUAUCUAGGUACAGGUUUUGCUGUAUUUAUUGCAACAGCUCCACAAAUCUACUAUGACACCGUACCAGAUGUUUGGGGUGCUGUCAUGUGGGGGCCGAUCUUAUACUAUGCGUUAAUUAAUAUGGUUAUUCGUUAUUUAUUGCGCGACAACGACUAUCAGAUUGCGCUACGCUCUUCCUUCUUGGGGUUUGUUGAAGCGAUCAGUGUGCUUAUAGUACUUUUUGCGCCUGGUGAUUUAAAACAAUUCGGCGUUUAUGCAUUCUUUAUGGCAUUUUUCCAUUAUUCAGAAUUUCUAGCCAUUGCGUGGUGUAAUCCAACCAGCCUUUCGGUAGAUUCAUUUAUAUUGAAUCACUCUAUACACUAUGCACUGGCAGCAGUGGCUAGUUGGUUCGAGUUCGGGCUAGAAGUAUGGUUGCUGCCAAGUUUUAAAGGUUUCUAUUACAUUUGGCUAAUUGGUGUGGUACUGUGUACAGUUGGCGAAAUUAUACGAAAAGUAGCAAUGAUAACUGCACGCAACAGUUUUACGCAUUUGGUGCAAUACGAAAAAGCUGAUAAUCAUAAAUUGAUAACACACGGCAUUUAUGCGUAUAUGCGACACCCAUCGUAUGUUGGCUGGUUUUGGUGGUCUGUGGGCACACAAAUAAUACUGCUCAAUCCGUUAUGUAUAUUGAUCUACACGAUUGUCUCGUGGAAAUUCUUCCACGAUCGCAUUUACAUGGAGGAAAUUACUUUACUAAAUUUCUUUCGCUCAGAUUAUCAUAAAUAUCAGCAAAAUGUGCCCACUGGUUUGCCAUGCAUUAAUGGAUAUUUGCUGGACUAGUUGCAACCAACUGCUGAAGCAAGUGAGCUGGAGUUGCAACAAUGUGCCGUGCAAGUGAACACCAUUUCUUAAAGUAGGCUUAUCAAAGAUGCACUUUAACAGUAAUUACUAAGUGUGUAUUAAAAAGUAGUAGACAACUAUGUAUGUAUUUAUAUGAGAUUUUUUUCGUUUUUAUGCAAUAAUCUAUUGUAAGUAGCAUUUUCUAACAAAGCAUAUAUACAUAUGUUUCAACUAAAAAUAAGUUGUUGAGUUGCUUAUUUAGUUAAUAAUGAAUUUUAACAAUAUGUAUCUACAUAUGUACAUACAUAACUCAUAUCCAGCAGGGACUAAAAAUUAAUGUAACUAACUCUAAAAAAUAAAAUGUAAAACUUAAAUGCCGAGCUGUAUUUUGAUAGAAACUUUAUUUCUCUCUCUCUGUAUAUGGCUCCCGCCAUACUCCAGUUAUGGUCCUUAAAUUAUUCGACUCAGACGAGAAUGAUUGGCCAAGAACGAUAGUAAUCGGUAUACGAGACGAGUAGUACGUUCAUGACUGUUAUAAACCGAAAUAUUCAUUUUGACGUGACGAGUUGCGCGUUCACGACUUGUAUGAUUCGAGCGCCCAGGAUCGCGAAGUUCGCAGGCCGUGACCUCGUUCGAGAAACGAAUAACGUAGCUGGCGUUUUGGAGCGUGUGGGUCGAUCUCAUAACCGGCCCGACCCGGGAAUUUACCGGAACGUGACGAGCAUAUGACUGAUAUUCUACUCCGUCCUUGGUUGAUGCAACUUUCGUGUAUAUUUUGACCGCCGUACCCACGCUACUGGACAAGUGACCACCACUAGUCAGUAACACAUAGCGGCAGCGCAGCCAAUGUAGGCAAGUCCAC